AUGACUGGAAACCAGAACCCCGGAAACUUUGCCAACCGCCCCAAGGAGGAGGUUCAGGAGAUCGCCUCCAAGGGCGGACAAGCCAGCCACAAUAGCGGUUUUGCCAGCAUGGAUCCCGAUAAGCAGCGCGAAAUCGCUUCCGAAGGUGGUAAGGCGUCUUCGGGUUCGUUCGAGCCGGGCAGUGAAAGGGCGCGCGAGGCUGGUCGAAAGGGCGGCUCAAAAUAA